AUGUCAACUUUCCUGCGGUGCUGUUGGGGCCCAACAAAAUGGCGGCCAAUUGGUGAAGUCCCAAGCCGGACACGACAUAUAGCACACUUCUCUCAGACGGCAGCCUCAGCAGCUACAUCACGACAAACCCUACGCAUAGGGAAUAUCCAAUGGAAUAUACUGGGCUCUGCUACGAUACUGACUCCAAACCCAUCAGCAGUGACACCAGAUAGUAUAUUAUCAAAGCUCCCUUCGUUCAGCACCCAGCUCCAUCCCGACAGCCAUGUCCCUCUCCUCCUCGUCACGCCGGCGUUCGCCCAAUGGCUAGAAAAAGACAAUACAUUCCUCCCUAAGUUACUACAGCAUUGCUUCCGAGAAGCAGCAGCAGCUGAAAAUCUCGAAAUAUGCUCGGUGGAGGCGGUGGUUGAUAGCCUACCUGCACCUGUGGACAUUAAACACAAUGCCUUAGAAGGGUUUUCGCUGGCGAUUGUCAAUUGGGGCGCUAUAUCAGGCAAACUAGUACCUCAAAGAGGUAUUGAGAAUAUCUCUUUCUCUCACGUUGAGCCAAAGCUCUCGAUUUCUAUCCGUGACCCGUCCGCAAGCACCGAACUUGAGGUUGGAAUGCCCAUGGGCAACACGCUUUUCACCACUGGUAGACCGUACACAAUGUACGCUUCUAGGUGGAAAUCUACAGAAUCGAUCGAUGAGAUUCCUCAGAUCACGGAUCGAUGUGACAUUCGGACGUGUAGGGUUGAGCUACGAACGAAGUCCUCGCUCAAAUCGCUUAGCGCACCUCUGCACCCCGUUACUGAGCCAAGGAUAGUAGCGGAGAGUAUGGGGAAUAUACUUAAGACCGUCUCCAAUGGAUCAAGCCCAGAAAAGGAUAUCCCAGCAUCUACUGAGUUAGAGAAGGCUAUACCACAAUAUAUCAAGGACCACAACCUUGAAAGCCAGAGACUGGCUGUUUGGGCGAUGGUAACACCCAAAAGCAUAGCACAAACUCAUAUUGGAGCCGCUUCCGGCGGCGCUAUUGAUGUAUCGGCUGCUCUGAAAAGGGGAUCACGGCUUUAUCGUGUCAUGAGCGGUGGAGGCGGAUGGGGCAAGAAGAAAGGCCUGCUCUCUCUUGAUCCCGAGUACUCGUAUGACGAUGAAGAACCGAUAUCCAACCUUGUUUCAAUACACGAGAUAUUCGAUGAGGAUGUUUCUGAGAAACAUAGUGACGAUGCCAUCUUGUUCAAUGUGCUGGAAAACACACCUAAAUUUACAGACGUUGACGGGCUGAUGAUGAGUCCAUUGCGUGAGGUUGUGACGACCGGUGACGUCGUGCAAUUCUUUGUUGCAUCUUUGGAUAAUAACCUGGACAAAGCGGCUAUGCAACCAGAGCCCGCGGUGAUGCAUGAAAGCACAGGGAAAGAGACCACUGUUCUGGACUUUUCCGUCCUCCCUGCUCCCACAGAUGCUCCCGUGCGGUUACCUAGCGAGGGGCUUCAGGACGGGUCUAAGAAGCUAGAUGACAUUAUUGUAAAAGCAAAUAAGUUCGGCGCCUCCUCUGAGAAGUCCAUGGUCUAUGCUAGGACCGCGGGUGAUUUGAUGGGGGACCGAGUCCAAGCCUCAGGCACCAAAAUUGACAUCCCUGGUGCCAGGCUUGUGAUUGAAAUACCGUCUGAAGAGCCUUUCUUUAGAAUGUAA